AUGAAUUGCUUUGACGAGCGUCAACUUUUUCAUGGUACCGAAGAAGAAAAUGUUGAUGACAUUUGCCGAGAAAAUUUCGAUUCCCGUCUGAGUGGGAGGCGAAUUGGUGCUUUUUAUGGUGAAGGAGCAUAUUUCGCACGAAAUGCUAAGUAUGCUAAUAACUACGCAGAAGCCGAUAAACACAACAUAAAAAAGAUGUUUGUAGCACGAGUUAUGGUCGGUAGGUACACCCGUGGAACACAAGGCAUUCGAAGACCGCCAUAUAAAGAUCCUGAGAAUAAAUCAAGAGGAAUGUAUAAUUCUUGCGUUGACAACACAAGUGAUCCAAAUAUCUUUGUGUUAUUUAAUAACGAUCAAGUAUAUCCAGAAUACCUGAUCACAUAUUCAACCUCCAGUGCCAAUCAAACAUCCUAUAGUAAUAGCAACCAGCAAUCCUCCCCAAACACUUAUUCCAGGCAGUCACUAAGCGCCAAUCAAACUUCUCAUAGUAAAAGCAACCAACAACAGUCACCAAACCAGAUUAACCCAUUGCCUUCCAGGAAAUUUAAAAGAAGUGUGGUUGGUGCCAAUCAAACAGCUUAUAGUAGUAGCAACCAGCAAUCCUCCCCAAACACUUAUUCCAGGACUUAUUCAAGGCAGUCAUUAAGCGCCAAUCAAACUUCUCAUAGUAGAAGCAACCAACAACAGUCACCAAACCAGAUCAACCCAUUGCCUUCCAGGCGAUCUAAAAGAAGUGUGGUUGGUGCCAAUCAAACAGCUUAUAGUAGUAGCAACCAACAGUCAUCGAAUCAGAUUAACCCAUUGCCUGACUGGUUAAGACAACUAUAUCAGUCUUCUCUGCAAUCUAUAAGCAGCAACCAGCAAUCCGCAAACCCUGCGAGGGCCCGAUCAUCCCAUAACGAGUCAACCAAAGUUGUCUCCAGUCAUCUCGGUUCACCAUACAAUUGGCAUUCCACACAGUACUAG